AUAAAUUUUUAACAAGUGCCCACACAUGAGUUUGGUUUGCUAUAAAUGUUCUGGUUAAAAAUCUGAAAACAGAUUUAUCUGAGGAGCAUCAUGGAUGACAAUAAGCUCUGUGUUUUGCUACUUUUGACCACCAUCACCUUGUCAAGAGCACAGGAUGAAGGAGCGCCAUGCUUAAUGGCCAAAAGAUACAAACCCUUCAACAAGUAUAAAUACUUCUAUAAGACAGAGUCCUUGAACACUUUAAAUGAGGCGGUCAAUGGCCUCGAGGCCAGCUGCAAGGUUGAGAUUGCGGUUCCUGGUACAUGCAACUACAUCUUACGCACCACCGACUGCAAGCUGAGAGAAGCGACUGGCGUCGUUGCAGAUGGAAACCCAGUGUUUGAAACAGCUGCUACCUCGGAGGACUUCAAAACUGCCAUGGAGAAACAUCCUCUAAAGUUCACUAUUGAUGGAAACAAUGACAUCAAGCUUUUCCCUGAGGAGGAUGAUCUUAUAAACAUCCUCAACAUCAAGAGGGGAAUCAUCUCUGCUCUUGCUGUCCCUAUGCUUGAGGAGGACGGGAACAAAGAGAUGCCCACCAUCUAUGGUCUGUGUAAAACUGACUACGCUGUGAAAACCUGCGAAGACGUCACUCUCAACAGAGACCUGUCCAAGUGUGACAAGUUCAUACCAAUCAAGGACCACACCAGUCCUUUGGCCCUCAUCACUAGCAUGCACCAUCCUCUUGCUAAGCUGAUCAGGAGCAACCAAUCCUGCAACUACAAGUUUAACAAAGAACAGCACCACAUGAUUUCUGGAAUUUGCACUGAUAAACACAUUCUUGAGCCUUUCUCUUACAAGGGAAGAUAUGAAGCAACCAGUACUGGUAAACAGGCCUUGGAUCUUUUGAGAGUCGCUAAGUACAAAGACAGAGUCUUUGACCACAAUGUGGCCAACAUGAAACCCCUCUAUCUUGACCGCAGUGUUGACAUGAGCCCCAUCCAGGAUAAAGAUGCCGCUCUUGUUGUUCUUAAGGAACUUUCUGGCCUUUCCAAGACCAACAAUGGACACAAGAGAGCCUACUUGGCCCACAAGCUUGUAGCUGUAAUCCGCAAGAUGGAAGCUGAAACUUUGACUGCCGCUAUUCCCGAGGCCCUGGAGAUCUCUCGGCCUUUGACAUACCAGGCUUUGCUACAAUGCGGCACCCCAGAAUGCAGCAGUGCAAUCAUGCAGAUUUUCAGGACCUUCGACAAGUCCUCAGUUGAGAUUGACGCUGCUGUAUAUGGCAUGGGAAUGAUAUCCCAAUCCUCCCGAGUCCUCGUGAAGGAAAUGUUGGCGAUGGCAAAGUUCAAGCCGACCAAACCCAUCUACUAUGCUCUCAGCAAUGCUGUGAAAAGGCUCUAUGAGACCAAUGGAGUCACUAGUGAGAUCCAAGCAGUGGCUGAUUAUGCCCUUGAACAGAUCGGCGAUUGCACAGGUGACCAGGAACACAUCUUUCUUUGUCUGAGGGUCAUUGGAAACAUGGUGGUUGCACUGGGAGCUGCGCGCCCUGCUUUGCAUUCUGCUGUUAUUCAGUGCAUCAACCAGCCAAAUGCCUCCCCUUCAGUUCAGCAGGCAGCCAUCCAGGUCUACAGACAGGUUCCUGUACCUGUGGAGGGUCGUGAGGUGCUCAUGCAUGCUGUUCUGGACAGAGAUGCAUCCGUACAGAAGCGUGUUGCCGCCUACCUGAUCUUGAUGAAGAACCCUAUGCCUGCCGAACUUGCUCAGUUGGCAGCAGCCGUCCAUGUUGAGAAAAAUCAUCAGGUCAAGAGCUUCAUCAUCUCCCAUAUCACAAACAUCUUGAGUUCUGCAGAGUCGGACUUGAGGCAGAAGGUUCAGGAGGCCUUUCAAGGCAAUGAAAUUGCAAUAAUCAUGGAAUCCACCAAACUCUCUCGGUACUACCGACUUGGAUCUUUAGAGGGAAACACGAUCUUUGAAUCUUCCAACGAACUGCCGAGGGAGGUCAUGCUGGAGUUGACCUUGAAUGCUUUUGGAUUUGAUAUGGACUUCAUUGAGAUUGGCAUGGAGGGUAAGGGCUUUGAGCCCAUCGUGGAGGCCCUCUUUGGUGACAAUGGAUUCUUCCCGGACACUGUCAUGAAGACCACUUUAUACGCUACAAACGAUAUGCCUGCCCAACUCAGUGAGGUCUUGGACAAUGUGCUGCCACUCAUGACGAAUGAUAGGAAGAAAAGACAGGCUACUCAAAACAUAGUCAAAGAAAUCAGUCACAAUUUCAACAAGCUUAUUGAGAACUUAAAGGCCCGGGAAACCCCUGAAGCGAUGGUGUACCUCAAGCUUCUGGGUGCUGAACUUGGAUAUCUUGACACAAAAGAUGGCAAGAUGAUUCACGACCUCCUUAAGAUGAUCCCCACUGAUUUUGCUAAACGACUGCUCUCAAGUGUCGACAAUGAGCUUUUCCUUCACUACAUCUUCAUGGAUAAUGAGUUCUAUUUGCCCACUGGUGCUGGCUUUCCAUUGAGAGUUGUUCUGUCUGGUACCUUUACACCUGGAAUCAAAGGAGGAUUGAGUUUCAAUCCAGGCAUGAAGGAAUUUGCGUUCAUGCUGUCUGCUGGCAUUGAGUUUGCGAUUGAGAUUGGGACUCACUUCCCAGACUAUGUUCUCUCCGGUCUGGAGAUGCACACUAACAUCUAUCAUGAGAGCGGCCUCAGAGCGAAGCUCUCGAUGACCAACAACCAGCUCAAGCUUUCCAUUCCAGCUCCUGAGCCAACUGAACUCAUCAAUGUGACCAGUACUCUGGUGUCUGUUGUUGGUGCCAAGAUUUUGCCUAUUAAUGCCAACGGCACGUAUAUUCACACUGGAACAUGUGCUCCUAUCUUCCCUGGAUGGAAACACUGUACAGCCCUUGUCUAUCCUGAUGAUGCCGCCCCUUUUUUUCCUCUCAAUAGUGAUACCAAAUUUACUGUUACGCUGUAUCCACCGGUAGAGGUCACAGAGUAUACUGCCACCAUCAACUAUGCCUAUGAGGAUGAGGCAGACAAAAUCACAUUUAGCGUAAAGGCUGAAGGAACACCUUUUGAGGCCACAAAUACAGUGACGUUGAACAGAAAGCAGUACACUGUAUCAUCAGAGUUGCUCAUUGCCCCUCUUCAGCUUUAUUCUAAAGUUUCUGCGAAACUAAAGCAUGAUGAGAAGUUGACACUGGAACUUGAAAGUGACCUAAAACUCCCAGAGACGACUUCUGUUCAAACACUCAUCCUGAAAUUGGAGAACGAGAAGAUUGAAGCUGAAUUUAAGUCUCAUGUCAAUUCUGAGAUUCGAAGAAUCAUUCCCAACAUAAUUUCUAUUGAAACCGUCCAUGAUGUUUUGGCAAAGUCAGUUGUGCAUUUGGGAGUUACUGCCGUGCCUGUGUUCACUUUUCCUGAAAGACUGUUCCUGGAUGUAGAGGUUGCUGCUAAAUAUCUCUUUGGCCAUCCUUACUAUACCAUCACUCUUCCCUUGCCCUUGGGUGGAAAAUCCACUAGAGAUCUAAACUUUCCGACGACCAUCUCCAUACCAAACCUCAUUAUACCUCAUCUCGAUCUGGGAUUUGAAGCUGCUAUCAUUAAUAUCCCAGAGGUCUCCAUUCCUGUGAGCGUGUCGCUUUCUGUGCCGACUCUUGAAAUGGCAGAAAUGUCUGGAAAGCUGAGCAGCAACUUUUACAACUUAGAAGCAGCUGUGUCUGCUGCCAGAGAUCCUGCUGCAGACCCACGUUAUUCUGCGAAGGUAGAAGUCACAGGAACAAGUCCCAUCGACCUCCUAUCCCUAAAGGUUGAAGGGUCUGCUCUGCUAGUUGAGCCCACACCUGCCAAUUCUCUCAUGGCAAAUGUAAAAACAGUGGUUCGACACAAGUUUGUAAAUGCCAUCAUCAGCGUUGAAGAGGAGGUGAAGCUUGCUGACAAACUCUGUUUGAAAUCUAAAAGCAAGGUUGACGUAACUACCCACAUUGGAGUGCAAAUUUCACUGGAGCAUAAUGGAAUGCUUGAAGUUGAUGACGAUGAGAUCUCUGGAAGUGGAAACCUGGAAGGAUCCUUCGAGGCCGGUUCAGUCAGUGGUUCGGGAACCCUUACGCAAUCAGUCUCUCUACUCCGAUCAAGACCGGAAGCAAAGAUUGAUUCUUCAUUGAAAGUAGACUCGACACUACUUAAGGCUCGAAACUCCUUUGCUUUAGCCAUCGCCAAUGGAGAACUGACAAUUCUAUCCAACACUGCAACAACUGACAACCGUCUAACAAACACUGCUAAUAUCACCUUCAAGGAAUUCCAGCUUGCUUUAAAUUCUCAUACAAAAGCAGAGGCCUUUGGCCUGAAGUUCCAAAACAUGGCUGAGACCAGAGCUGGCAUUGAAGCGGUGAGUGUUAAGAUUGAGACCUCUGCUGACAUCUCUGAAGAACGUGUGCACUCCCUGUUCACUGGAGUACUGGACACCAAUGGACUAGCUAUUCACAGUGAUGCCUCCGCUAAGCUCAAGGGACAUACAGCCACCCACAAAGCCAACAUAAAUCUCAAUAAAGAUGGCCUAAGCACCCGUGGCACAACCUCACUGCGAAGCAGCUUUACUAUGGAGGAGCUUAGGCACACCUUUGAGAUCAACUACAAAAAUCUAGGUGCCACUGCUCAGUGCAAAACGACUGGAAAUAUCAUGGGAACACGCAUUAACCACAACACUGAACUGGAGAUUGCUAGACUUUCUGGUAAAAUCAAGAAUCAUGUACGUUUCAACUCGAUGGUGUUUAAUGUCGAAACCAACACUCACGGUACAACUACUCCAUUAAGUUUCAAUUUCGAUGCUUCUGCUAAUGGCGAAAAAGACAUAUACCUGUAUGGAUAUGGUAGUUGUGAGUUUAAUGCAAAAGUCGUUCUGAAAGUAAAACCACAAUCCUUUGCUCACUCUCAUGAAUUUAAGAGCUCAACCCUCGUUGAGGUAGACAGAUUCCACAUUAAAUCAGACUUUGAGAGCAAGUCUGACACUCUGCUGAUCCCAUCUGAACAAAAGACUAAAGUGACUGUUAGAGCUAAAGUGAACAACCAUGCCAUCAGUCAGGAAAUCAGCGGUUCCAAUACUCCAGCACGGCUUGGGCUGGAAGGGUCCGGAAAGGUGCGCACCAAUUUGUUCAACACUGCCAAUACUGCUUUCCAGGACUUUGUGGUCUCUGGCUUCUUAAAGUAUGAUAAGAGAAGUACGAGACAUUCGGUUAGCUUGCCUUUCAUUGACGGUUUGCAUCAACUUCCUGACAAUAUCAGAAUGACACUCGUAAGCAUGGGUGACACCCUGAGGAAUUACAUCAACCGAGAAGGAAUUGCUUCCAAAAUUCAAAACAUAUCUCAGCAUGUUAGUGACUUUGUCACUAACUUGAACUUUGAGAGUAGAGCUGUGCAGCUGAAACGUGCCUUGAUAGCUCGAUCCCAGGAGUAUGCAUUAAAGCUGGAAAAUCUGGUGGCUUCUCAGAUUGAUGCAUUUGUGAGUGUUAUAGGCAACAGUCUUGCUGAGGCACUGGAUCAUUUGAAGGAAUUGAAUGUACUUGAAAUGCUACCAAAGCACUUCAGUACUUUGAUACUUUCCAUCAUUGAGGAUGUUAAAAUAUUUCUAAGCUCGAUCAACACCCAAAGUUACACAAAGCUGAAUGAGAUCAAUUCUGAGAACAAGCUUGACAGUCAGAUUCCUUCCAUUUCAACAGCUCUUCUAGUGCCAUCUUUUGGAAAGCUGUACGGUGAGGUCAAAUUCAGCAGUCCUGUAUACAACAUCAGAACCUCUGCAGAGUUCAAGAACACCUCAGAGAGACACCCUAUGUUCACGGCUUUUGUUAACUCUAAAGGAACCUCUCCGAAACAUAGCAUUCUGCAUUACAAUCUAGAUUCCACUACUCAUAUAUCCAUGCCUGAGAUGAGUCCUGUAAUCGUGUCUGAAACUCUCACGUUAAAACACAUUUAUUUGACUUCAGACCAACAAGUAUCACUGACUCUGAAUAGAACUAAUUCUUCAUCUUUCUUUCUUGAAACCUCAUACAAGCACCAGGUGAACAUUCCCUCACAGUCUUUGACUGGUGAAGUCACCCUGAUUCAGAAGGCUAUAACUUUCCAGGAUAGCGCUGCAAUCACCCUGACAGUUGAAAAUGAAGGAGCUGGCAAAUUUACUCUUGCUGACUUCUCUGAAGAGGUCACUCAUAAGAGUAACCUGCAUUUUAACAUGGGCCUCAGCACUGCCAAGCUGACUUUUACUGGCCACAGCGAUGGCAGACUUUUGCAGAUGAAGAUGAAGGUGAACGCAGACGCUGUCUUUCUAAGCCACCUUGAAAUCAAUGCUCGUGUUGAAACACAGUCGCCAUUUAUCAACAACAGCUUGCUGGUUGCUUCUGGAAAUGCUUCCUUCGGCAACAUGAGCGUGGAAAUUAAGGCAGAGCAUAAUACUGAGCUUGUUGGACCUAUCAGUGGCGUCCUCUCCAAUGCUGCAACCGUUGUGACUCAUCCUUUUGCAGUUUAUAUUGGCUUUCAGAACAACGGUAAUGCAAAGAUCAACCUCUAUGAGACUUUGUCAACCACGGUUGAUCUCCAGAAUGACUACACUGUUAUCUUCAACCCUGAUGUACAUAAAAUCAGCUCUGUGGCAUUUGUGUCUUAUAACUGUUACAACUACAGCCAUAACUUCACAGCCAACAAUAACAAAGCAGAGAUGGGUAUUCACGCUGUUGUGAAUAGCAAGGCCAGCUUUGAGUUCCUAAAUGCUGCAGAAAUGUUUGUGCCAGCCAUUUUUAAGAUAAACAGGCUGAACUUGAAUGAUAAUGCCGGCCUGUGGGAUGACUUGACCACAAAUGACCAACCCAUUUAUCUACAUGCAGAUCUUGUCUACCAGAAGAGUGGGUUUCUUUCUUUAUUAGGCAACCUGGUCUCUGAGGUGUACUUCAAGUCAUCUUUUCUCAACCUCAGCGCUAAUGCAGGCAUUUAUCCGAAGGAUUACACGAUGCGUAUUAGUGCCGAAACUGCCUCUGUGUUUCAGGGAUUGGAUUCCAAUCUUAAUGGAUCCACUAACCUGACCACAGAAAGUGGACUGCAAUUGGCCUCCUCAUUGUCUUUAGUGAAUUCCCACAUUGGGGGUAAUCAUGACAGCACCGUGACUUUGGAAAACAAUUUUGAGGCUGUAUUAUCUGCAGAAACAGUUGCUAAGAUUCAUAUGACUAGCUUCGCUGUUAACGCCACUCAUCAACUUUCUGCUGACACCAAGGCCCAGCCAAAGGCAGAAUCAAACUUGAAGAUCAAGUACGCCUUCGAUCAACAAGACUCAGAGGCUGUUGGACAUGGAGAUGCUCAGAAUACCUUGAAACUGGAUGCAACUUUUUCCUAUAUCACUAUCGAGUCUAUAAGCCAAUUCACCACCAGUUCUACUUUCCGUAAUGGUGUCACAAUUAUGGGAACACUGGAUAAUGAAGCUAACAUCUCUAUGAAGUUUAACGAUCUGAAAUCCAAUCUGAAGAUCACUGGAAAUGGAUGCUAUGGAUUUACAUAUUACAAGUUGUGUUUUGACGUUAAUGACCGACUGACUUUGGAGGGAGAUCUUGAGCGUAUGUAUUCUUUGCUAGAAAUUGAUUCAAACUAUACGUAUAGUAAAGAUGAAGAAUAUGACACGGCGAUAAAGCACACUGCUCGUGGUAAAACGUAUCUUGUUCCCCUGAGUACCCUUAUGGCUGCUGUGGAUAUAUACUUGACUCAGCCAAGUUAUGACGAUUUCAAUGCACGAAUUAAUGAAAUCACUUUUUUAAAAAAUGGACUGGUGUACAAAACAGACAUUUUCUCUCGUUGGUUCAAUGCAAGUAUAGCAAUAUUCGGAGAGCUCGUGGGUGAAAAACCUUAUACGACUCUGAUUGAUUCUUCCUUAAAUUUCACUUCUCCAUCUAUGCUUAUGGAGUUUCAGGAUGACUUGAGUUUAAUUCCCAUUAAACACAAUUAACAUUAAUUAUUGUUGAAUAGAAGAAAAGGUAUUGAACUAAACAUUGGUCCUUAUUUGCUGUAUGCUUGCCUAAUAAUCACAGACAAGCAUAACUGGAAUAAUUUUAAAAGUCAUUCUCAAGCACAAUGAUGUAAGCAUGUUAGUCAUAUGUUGAGGAUGAUGUUAUUGCUUGUCACAAUCAACAAUAAAUGGAUCCUGUUACUUGA